UGAUGUUAUUUGUGGUGUCAACAUAGGUGAUGCCUAAAUACUCUUAUUUCUAUUAAGAAAAUGUUAUUUAGUUGACACAAACUAUAUUACUCACUACUAUGUGUAUGAUGACACACAUGGGUUCUUUUGGCUUGUAAGGGAGCAUUGUGGCACUGCAACUACUUUAAUUUUCAAGAGAGCGCAUACAUCUAUUAAAAUAGUAUGAUAUGCAGCCUUUUUUGUAAAUGAAUGCUUUAAUUAACUCAAUUUAAUAAAAUCAGGUAUGCCAAUAGAUGAAGCUCAACAACCAAUAGCGAAUGCAGUAUCAGUCAGGUCCAAAGCACUUGAAGAAAGUAGCCAAGAGAUACCGCCAAAAGCAUAUGUUAAAUCUAACAAAGAGGUGAAAACACCAGAAUCUGUUAGUAAUGAAGUAGUAGAAAUAAGCACCACUAACUAUACUGAGAAACAAGAGGUCCCAAAGGCUCAUGUCGGAGAGGGAGAAAGGAUUGGGGAUAAAUUCAAUCAAGAAAAAGAAGAAGGAAUUGAAUCUACAAACAUACAGGAGGAAGAAGUUCGGAUAACAUCAUCCACUCUUGUAUCAGUUAAAGGUGAUACUAAUCAAAUACCACAGCAAGAAACACUACACGUUAAUGAAUCAGAAGUGAUUGAAAAUGCCAUUGUUGUUCAGGAAUGGGAAGUAUUUGAAACAAAGGACAAUGCCGGCACAAUAAUAGAGAAUUUAGACGAGGAUGCAAGUGAAAUCAGAGGAAAGGAUGGAACAGAUGCCAAACAGUUCACUGAUUUGGAGAUGUCAAAGUCAGAAACCGAAGAAGAGAUUCAAGACAACAGAAAAUUCAAUCAAAGGGAAGAAGAAAAAAAGAUUGACGAAGUAACAGGAAUGCAAACACCACAGGAAGAAGUCCACACAACAUCACCCACUCCUGCCUUUGUCAAAAGUCAUACUGAUAUAACUCAGCAGGAAAAAGCAUUCCAUCUCAAUGAAUCAAAUGUGAUUCUUACCGCCAAACAAAGCUGCAUACCAGAAUUUGAACAUGACAGAAAUCCCACUGUUCAGGAAAUUGAAGUAUUUGAAACCAAGCACAAUGUCAAUAGAGUAAUGGAGAAUUUGGACAAGGAAGAAACUGAAAUCAGAGAAAAUGAAAAAACAGACACCACGCAACUGAAUGAGGAGAGUGGUCAACAAGACAAACAGCUAGAAGCAGAUAUUACAGACCAAUCUAACAAAAAGGUGCAAACUCCAGAAUAUGUUACUGAGGAAAAUGUAGAAAUAAACAUCACUGAUUAUGCUGAGGAAAAGAACCAAAAUCCAACAGAUCAUGCCAAAGAGAAUGAAGGGAUUGAGGAUAUAUUCAAACAAGAGGAAAAAGAAAAAUUAAUUGAAGAAACAACAAAUACACAAUCAGAGGAGGAAGAAGUCCAGACACAUGCUCCUGCCUUUGUCAUAGGUGAUACUAAUCAAAUUCCACAUCAAGAAACAAUGCAUGCUGAUGAAUCAAAAGUGAUGGAUAAUGCAAAGCAGAGCUACAUACCAGAAAUUGAACUGGAUGGAAAGGCCAUUGUUUUUCAGGAAACUGAAGUAUCAGAGAGCUUGUACAAAAAGGAUGCAACUGAAAUCAGAGUAAAGAAAGAAAUAGAUGCCAAAAAAUUGACUGAUUCAGAGAUGCCAAAGCCAGAAAUUGAAGAAGAUGAAGCUCUGAAACCAAUAGCCAAUGCAGAACUGGUCAGAACUGAAGCAGUUGAGGAGAGUGGUAAACAAGAGACACAGCCAAAAGAAGAUAUUACUGAGGAGACUGCAGAUGAAUCUAACAAGGAGGUGCUAGUUAAGAAAUUUGUUAUUACUGAGGAGACUGCCGAAAUAAACACCAAUAAUUGUACUAAGGAACAUGACACAGUUAAAACAUCUCCUGCCAAGGAACUAGAAGGAACUGGGGAUGGUGCAAAAUUACAUGAAGAAGAAGCAAACGGGAUUGAAGAAAACAUCAAAACUCAGAACCCAGAGGAAGAAUUCCAGACAAGUUCUCCCACUCCUGCCUUUGUCCAAGGUGAUAGUGGUCAAACUUUGCAGCAAGAAACAGUGAACAUUGAUGAAUCAGAAGUUCUUGAUAAUGACAAGCACAGAUCCAUACCUGAAAUUGAACUUGAUGGAAAGUCCACUGUUGUUCAGGAAACUAACAAUCCAGAAAUCGAGGACAACAUCAGCACAGGAGCAGAGGAUUUAGACAACAAAGAUGCAAUUGAAGUUCAGGCCGAGGAAGGAGCAUAUGUCAAACAAUUGACUAAUGUGGAGAUACCAAAUUCAGAGGUCAAAGGUGUGCCAAAAGAUGAAGCUCUGCAACUAAAAGCAAACAUAGUAUUAAACGUAACCGAAGCAAUUGAUGAGGGUAGUCAACAAGUGAUACAACCACAAGCAGAUGUUACACAGAAAUCUAACAAAGAUGUGAAAACACCAGAAUAUGUUACCGCAGAAACUAUAGAAAUAAACACCACAAAUUAUACUAAGGAGCAAGAAAAGGUUCCAUCUAUUCAUGCUGAAGUCGAAGGGAUUAAGAAUAAAUUCAAUCACAAGGAAGAAGCAAAAGGAAUUGAAGAAACCACAAAACUACAAUCACUGGAUGAAAUCCAAACAAAAUCACCCACUUCUAUCUUUGUCCAAGGAGAUAAAAAUCAAGUUCCUAUUCAAGAAACAUUGCCCAUUGAUGCAUCAAAAGUAAUUGAUAGUGCCAAACAAAGCUGCAUACCUGAAAUCAAACUUGAUGAAAAUUCCACAGUUGCUCAGGAAACUGAAAAACCUGAAACCAAGAACAUUGUCAACAUAAUAACAAAGAAUUUUGAUGAGAAGGAUGCAAGUGAAAUCAGAGCAGAGGAAGGAUCAUAUGACAAACAAGUAACAGAAGUGGAACGAUCAAAUUCACUAGCAGAAGAAUACGAACCAAUAGCAAUUACAGUAGCAGUUGGAACUGAAACAGUUGAUGACAGUAAUCAAGAAAAGAUACAGUUCGAAGAAGACGUUGCAGAGAAAAAAUCUAGCAAAGAGGAACAAACACCACACUAUUGUGAUGAGGACACUACAGAAAUAAACACCAAUAAUUAUGCUGAUGAACAUGACAAGGAUCAAACAUCUCAUGCCAAGGUAAAAGAAGGGAUUGCGAAUGAGAAAAAUUUGGAUCAAACGGAAAACGCCAAAGGUAUUGACAAAACAAGCAAAAUGAAGAUACCAGAGGAAGAAAUCCAGACAAGAUCAACCACACCUACCAUUGUUCAAGAUGACACUGAUCAAAUCUCACAAAAAGAAUUACUUCAUGUUGUUGAAUCAGGAGUUAUUGACAAUAUCAAGCAAAGCUGCACACCAGAAAUGCAAUUUGACAGAAAGUCCACAAUUGUUCAGGAAACUGAAAACCCUGAGACCGAGGACAAUGUCGGCAUUAUAACAGAAAAUAUAGGCACCAACAAUGCAAGGAAAAUCAUAGCUGAGGAAGCAACAGAUUCAAAAAAAUUGGCUGAUUUCAAGAUGCAUGACCCAGAAAUGAAAGGUGUGCAAGAUAAUGAAGCUCCACAACCAGUAGCAAUUGCAACAGCUGUCAAAACCGAGACAGUUGAUGACAGUAAUAAAGAACAGAUACAGCUAGAAGACAUAAUAGAGAAAAAAUCUAACAAAGAGGAACAAACACUACAAGAUGUUGCUAAGGACACUGUUAAAAUAAACACUAAUAAUUAUACCAAUGAACAUGACAAGGUUCAAAAAUCUCAUGCUGAAGUAAAAGAAGGGAUUGGGGAUGAUGAAAAUUUUGAUCAAGAUGAAGAAACCAAAGAUAUUGAAGAAACAAGAAAAAUGCAGUUAGCUGAGCAAAAAGUUCAGAAAAGAUCACUCACUCCUGCCUUUGUUCAAGGAGACACUGAUCAAAUCUCACAGAAAGAAUUACUGCAUAAUGUUGAGUCAGACAUUAUUCAUUAUGACAAGCACAUUUGCAUACCAGAAAUUGAACCUGACAGAAAGUCCACUAUUGUUCAGGAAACUGAAAAAACUGACACCGAGGAAAAUAUCAGCAAAGAAACAAAGAAUUUAGGUACAAAUUAUGCAGGCGAAAUCAGUGCAAAGGAAGAAAUAGACGUCAAAAAAUUGGUUGAUUUGAAGAUCCCAAAGUCAGAAAUCCAAGAAGAUGAAGUUCCACAACCAACAGAAAUUGCAGUUGUGGACAUAAUCAAAACAGUUGAUGGCAGUAAACAAGAACAGAUGAAGCUGGAAGAAGACAUUACAGAGAAAAAAUCUAAAGAGGAACAUACAGCACUAUAUGAUGCAGAGGAAACUGCAGAGAUAAACACCAAUAGCUAUACUGAAGAACAUGAUAAGGUUCAAACAUCUGCUACAGAAGUAAAAGAAUGGAUUGAGGAUGAUAAAAAAUUUGGUCAAUGGGAAGAAGUAAAAGCUAUUGCAGAAACAAACAAAAUACAGUUACCAAAGGAAGAUGUUCAGAGAAGAUCACAUACUCGUGACUUUGUUCAAUGCAACACUGACCAUAUCUCUCAGCAAGAAUUACUGCAUGCUGACGAAUCAGAAGUUAUUGAUUAUGUCAAGCACAGUUGCAUACAAGAAAUUGAACUUGACAGAAAGUCCACUAUCGCUCAGGAAACUGAAGAACCUAAGCACAUGGACAAUAUCAGCACAGUAACAGGAACAAACGAUGGAAGCGAAAUCAGAGGACAAGAACAAAUAGGUGUCAAAACAUUAACGGAUAUAAAUAUGACAAAGUCAAAAAUCGAAGAAGAAGUUCGGCAACCAAUGGCAAUUGCAGAAGCGGUUGUAACUGGAACAGUUGAUGACAGUAAAGAACAGAUACAGCUGGAAGAAAACAUUGCAAUGAAAAGAUCUAACAAAGAGGAACAAACACCACAAUAUGUAGCUGAGGACACUGCAGAAAGAAGCACCACUAGCUAUACUGAUCAACAUGAUAAGGGUCAAACAUCUGAUGCAGAAAGAGAGCAAGGGAUUGAGGAUGAUGAAAACUUUGGUCCACAGAAAGAUGCCAAAUCUAUUGCAGAAACAAACAAAAUGCACUUACUGGAGGAAGAAAUCCAGACAAUAUCACCCACUCAUGCCUUUGUUCAGAGUGACAUGGAACAAAUCUCACAGGAAGAAUUACUGCAUGUUGAUGAAUCAAAAGUUAUUGAUUAUGUCAAGCAAAGUUUCAUACGAGAAACCAACCUUGAAAGAAAGUCCACUAUUGCUCAGGAAACUGAAAAACCAGAGAACAAGGACAAUAUCAGCAAAGUAACAGAGAAUUUAGGCACCGACGAUGCAAGAGAAAUUGAAGAAGAGGGAGAAACAAAUUCCAAAAACUUGGCUGAUUUCAAGGUGCAUGACUCAGAAAUCGAAGUUGUGCCAGAAGAUGAAGUUCGGCAAUCAAUAGCAACGGCAGUAGCGGUCCUAACCAAAACAGUUGAUGACAGUAAACUAGAACAGAUACAACUGGACGAAGACAUUACAGAGAAAAAAUCUAACAAAGAGAAACAAACACCGCAAUUUGUUGCUAAGGACGCUGCAGAAAUAAACACCACUAGCUAUACUGAGGAACAUGACAAGGUUAAAAAAUCUAAUGUAGAAGUAAAACAAGGGAUUGAGGAAGAUGAAAAUUUUGGUCAAGGGGAAGAACCCAAAGCUACUGGAGAAACAAAAAAAAUGCAGUUGCCCAAGGAAAAUGUGCAGACAAUAUCACCUACUCCUGCCUAUGUUCAAUGCGACACUGAUCAAACCUUGAAGCAACAAUUACUGCAUAUUGAUGAAUUAGAAGUUAUUGAUUAUGCCAAGCAAAGUUGCAUGCCAGAAAUUGAAGUUGACAGAAAGUCCACUAUUGCUCAGGAAACCGAAAAACCCGACACCAAGGACAAUAUCAGCGACGUAACAGAUAAUUUAGGCACCACCAAUGGAAGUGAAAUCAGAGCAGAGGAAGAAACAGAUGUCAAAAAAUUGGCUGAUUUGAAAAUACUAGAGUCAGAAAUCGAAGUAGUGGUCAGAGCUCAAUCAGUUGAUGACAGUAAUCAAGAACAGAUACAGCUGGAAGACAUUACAGAGAAAAAUUCUAACAAAGGGGAACAAACAACACAAAAUGUUGCUGGGGACACUGCAGAAAUAAACAUCAAUAGUUAUACUGAUGAACAUGACAAGGUUCAAACAUCUGAUGCAGAAGUAAGAGAAAGAAGUGAGGAUGAUGAAAAUUUUGGUCAACAGGAAGAAUGCAAAGGUAUCAAAGAAACAUGCAAAAUGCAGUUACCCGAGAAAGAAGUCCGGACAAGAUCACCCACUCCUUCCUUUGUUCAAGGCAACAUUGACCAAAUCUCACAGCAAGAACCACUACAUGUUGAUAAGUCAGAAGUUAUUGAUUAUAUGAAGCAAAGCUCCCAUACAGAACCAGAAAUUCAACUUGACAAAAAGUCCACUAUGGUUCAGGGAACUGAAAAACCUGAGACCAAGGACAAUGUUGGCAUAGCAACAGACAAGUUAGGCACCAGUGAUCCAAGCAAAAUCAGAGCAGAGAAAAGAACAGAUGCCAAAAAAUCGACUGAUUUUAUGAUGCCAAAGCCAGAAAUCAAAGACAAAGAGGUGCCAGAGGAUGAAGUUCCUCAACCAAUAGAAGUGGCAGUAGCAGUUGAAACAGUUGAUGACAUUAAUCAAAAAGAGAUACCGAUCGAAGAAGACAUUACAGAGAAAAAAUCUAACAAAGAUGAACAAUCAUCACAAUAUGUUGCUAAGGACACUACAGAAAUAAAGACCAAUAUCUAUAUUGAUGAACAUGACAAGGUUCAAACAUCUCAUGCUGAAGUAAACCAAGGGACUGAGGAUGAUGAAAAUUUUGGUCAAGUGGAAGAAGCUAAAGGUAUUGAAGAAACGAACAAAGUGCAAUUACCAGAGGAAGAAGUGCAGAUAAGAUCACCCACUCCUGCCUUUGUUCAAGGCGACACUGAUCAAAUCUCUCAGCAAGAAUUACUGCUAGUUGAUGAGUCAGAAGUUAUUGAUUAUGUUGAGCAAAGCUGCAUACCAGAAAUUGAACUUGACAGAAAGUCCACUAUCGUUCAGGAAACUGAAAAACCUGAGACCAAGAACAAUGUCAGCAUUGUAACAGAGAAUUUAGGCACCAAUGAUGCAAGUGAAAUCAUAGCAAAGGAAGAAACAGAUGCUGAAAAAUUGGCUGAUGUAAAGAUAGUAAAGUCAGAAAUCAAAGGUGCGCCAAAAGAUGAAACUCUGAAACCAAUAGCCAAUGCAGUUUUGCUUAGAACUGAAGCAGUUGAGAAGAGCAGUCAACAAGACAAACAGCAAGAAGCAGAGGUUUCAGACAAAUCUAUCAAAGAGGUGCAAAGCCAAGAAUAUAUUACUGAGGGAAGUGUAGAAAUAAACAUCAAUAAUGAGGCUGAGGAAAAGGACAAAAAUUCAACAUCUAAUGCAGAAAAAGAAGGGACAUCUCAUGCAGAAGAAAAAGAAGGGAUUGAGGAUAUAUUCAACCAAAAGGAAAAGGAAAAAGAAAUUGAAGAAGCAACAAAAACACACUCAGUGGAGGAGGAAGAAAUCCAGAGAAGAUCACCCCCUCCUGGCUUUGUCCAAGGUGAUACUAAUCAAAUUCUGCACCAAGAAACAUUGCAUAUUAAUGAAUCAGAAGUGAUUCAUAAUGCCAAGCUGAGCUACAUCCCAGAAAUUGAACUUCAUGAAAAGGCCAUUGUUGUUCAGAAAAGUGAAAAAGUAGAAACCAAGGACAAUUUUGACAAAGUAAGAGAGAAUUUAAACAAGGAUGAAAGUGAAAACAGAGCAGAGGAAGGAAUAGAUGUCAACCAAUUGACUGAUUUGGAGAUGCCAAAGUCAGAAACCAAAGCAGGUGUGCUUGAAGAUGACUCUCUCCAACCAAUGCCUGACACAGUAUCUGUUGAAAAGGGAGCGGUUAGUGUGAGUCAAGAAAAGAGACAGCCACAAGAAGAAUUUAUUAAGAAAGUUAACAAAGAGGUGCAGACACCACAGUAUUUUACUGAGGAUAGGGAAAAAAUAGAGAUCACAAAUGACACUGAGGAACAAGAAGAGGUUUCAACAUCUCAGCCUAAAGAGAAAUCAGGAAACAAUGAUGAUGACAAAUUUGAACAAGAAGAAAAAAAAGGGAUCGAAGAAUCAACAAAAACACAGUUACAAGACAAAGACAUCAGCACAACAAUAGGUGAGCCAGAAGAUAAAGCCUUGAUAACAAGGCUCAAUUCAUCAUCAAAUGGCAAUGAAGGACUUGAUGAGAGUAGUCCAGAAAAAUUUACAGAGAACUUGAACAAAGAUGUGCAGACACCACAGUGCAAUACAAAGGUGAAUGCAGAAACAAACAUUACAUCUUAUCCUGACAAAUUAGAAGAAGCAGAGGAUAUUGAAGAAUCAAUAGAAAAACAGUUAGCGGAGGAAGAAAUACAACACACAUUGCCCACUCCAACAUCUGUCCAAGAAGAUAUUGAUCAAAUGUCACAGCAACAAACACUGCAUGAUGAUGAAAUAGAAGUGAUUAAUAAUGCCAAGAGCUGUAUGACAGAAAUUGAACUUGAUAGAAAGUCUAUAGUUGUUGAGGAAUCUAAACAACCGGAAACCAAGGCAAAUGCUGACUUAGUGAAAGAAGAACAGGCAGACCAUCAAUCAGAAGAAUCAAGUGUGCAAAGUUUCAUUACAAACUAUAUAAUAGUUGAAAGACAUACGACAUCAGAAAGCAAUAAAGAAUUAAGUGAUGAUGUUGACCUUGAUGGACAGAAGAAAGUAGAAUCACACUUGGAGGAGUUUUUAGAGAUUAAGGAUGCCAGUGAAAUCAGAGCAAAAGGAAUACACUCCAAACAACUGACUGAUGUGGAGAUACAAAAAUCAGAAACUGAAGGUGUGGCUGAAGAUAAAGGAAUGCAAACAAUGUCCAGCACAUCAGUCAAAAAUUAUGCAUUUGAUGAAUGUUGUCAAGAAGAGAUUCAACCACGAGAAGAAUAUGCUGAGACGCAUAUCAAAGAAGUGAAGAUGCCACACUAUGAAUUUAAUAUGCAAAAACAUAUUCCUGAGGUAGAUGGGGUAGAGGAAGAUACAUGUCAGAUCAGGGUGGUAAAUGAACAGAAGUUAGAAUCCCAGCUGGCAUCACUAAACAAGGAGACCACAUUCAUAGAUAAUCGGUAUUCAGAUGGAGAGAUAGAAAACAUAAACGCCAUUAGUGAUAUAGAGAAAGAAGUGAAUCCAAAAUCACACACCAAGCAGAAAUUAGUGAUCCACGAUAGUAUAUUCAAUGAAGAGGAAGCAAAAGGAAUUGAAGAAAUGACAAAAAUAAAAUUACUAAAUUCAGCAACAGACUGUUCACCAGAAGAAGUCCAGCCAAAAUUGCCUGAUCCUGCAACUAUCCAAGGUGACACUGAUCAAAUCUUACAGCAACAAACACUUUCCAGUGAUGCAUUAGACACAAUUGAUAACAACUUGAGAAGCUUUCCAGAAAAUGAACUUGACAGAAUGUCCACUAGUGUUGAGGAACCUGAAACCAAGGCAAACAUCAACAUAGUAGAAGAGCAAUCAGACAAACAAUCACACGAACCUAGCAUGCAAAGUCUGAUUACAGAUUAUAUAACAGCGGAAGGCCAUUUAGCAUCUGAAAACAGUUCAAAAUUAAGUUAUGAUAAGAAAGAACAGAAGACAGUAAACUUGCAGAUGGUAGAGAAUUUAGGGAUCAAGUAUGCAAGCAAAACAACCACAGAGGAAGUAACAGAUACCAAACAACCAACUGGCGUGGAGUUAGAAAAAACAAAAAAUGAAGAAUUGAUCGAAAAUAAAACACUUGAUGAGAGUAAUCAAGAAGAGAUGCAACCAGAAGAAGAUUUUUCAGAGACAUAUACCAAAGGCAAGAAGACACCACAAUCUAGCAUGGAGAAUGUAAAUUCAGAAGGAAUGGAAAUAACUGAAAACAGUUCAAAGUCAAGUUAUGCUGAGGAAGAACAAGAACAGGUUAUAAACACAUACACUAUAGAAAAUUCAGAAAUCAAGGAUAGCAGAAGAGUCAAGCUAGAAGAAGCAUCUUAUAUAAAAGAAGCCACAGAUGAAUCUGUGGAUAAAGCCAUCUCAUUUUUAUCUACCAUACCAUCUGUAAGAAUUGGGAUAGUUGAUGAAAGCAUUCAAGAAAAAAUACAAAAGGAUGUUCAACCCGCAGUGAUCAAUUCCAAAGCAGAGCAGAGACCAGAAAAUGAUUUUGUGAGGAACAUGGAAGUUCUCGAGGGGCCAGGCAACACCUCCGUGGAAAAUGACGAGAAAGUCGAAGUCCAAUCUGAAGCAAAUAACCAGAAGACCAUUAAAAAACAUCCAAAUUUAGAAGAACUGGAGACUGCAGAAAUAAGUCCAAGUAGUGAUACUAAAGAACUUGGAAAGGAACGUGAAGUUGCCAAACUUGGAGGUGUAUCUGAAUCUGUCUCCGUAGAUAUCACAGAACAUAUAGACACUGGAAAACUGGAAACUCAAGAGGCCGAAACUGGUAUAUCGGGCAACACAAAAGAAGUUAAAGCAGGAGAAGAAUUCGAAAAAAUAAGCCUAUCAUCUAGUGUUGGUGUCAUAUCCAGAGACUCUCAAGACAGUGGCACCAAAGUUUUGCACAAAAAAUCUCACGGCAUCCUGUCAGGUGUAGGAUCAAAGGUGAAGCACUCAAUUUCCAAAGUGAAGAAAGUCAUUACGGGCAAGUCUUCACACCCCAAGACACCACCAUCAUAAAAAUUAAAAAAUAAGUGCUCAUUAGACAACUACAUGCUGCUGUUGAAAAUAUAAUAUGCACGUGUUUGGGAAUUUUAGAGGGCUUAUUUCUUAUGUUUGAGGAAUUGGAUUGAUCUGUUUCAUUGAUGUAUUGUUUGGUUUGUCAUUGGUUUUGAAAUUUGAUCUUACGGAGGAUCUACUAUCCUUCUAAUCGGUGUAAUGUAUUCUUAUUCUCUUUGUAUGGAUUUAGUAUUUAUUUCAAAACACAGGCACAAAUAGCUGAUAAUUGAGAACAUAAGGAAAGGGUAAAGUAGUGUGCGUAAACAACAUUUUGAAGAGAAGAAAAAUGAGAAAGCAAGUACCAAAGGGACACCUGAUAAGAAUUAUUA